GUUUCUCUUCUCUCUCAAGCUUCCUGUCUCCGGACACAGACUCAAACUCAAAAUUAAAUCCAACUUACUCAGGAAUAUUCACCUUAAGUAGUACAAUUACUUCAGUACGCCACAACCACUGAAGCCUUGGCGGCACUUUUUGCUGACGACAGAAUGCCGGUGUUUUCCGCCUCCGGUAAGCAAGUGGUGCCGGUGGACUAUGAGGCCGAGGUUUCUCAGAGACUUCUGGAAGCCACGCUCUCCGACGAUCUGAAAUCAGCAAUGGAGUGCAUCGCUGAUCGGUUCGUCGAUGUCAACUUUGUCGGUGCCGUUUGCUUGAAGACGAGGAAGACGGAGUUGGUGCUUCGCGAGGAAUCGGCGAGCGAAGUUCGCGUCGAGUUUGAGGAGUUUAAAACUGACGUUACGGCUCUGUUCUUAGCUUCUCAUAGUGGAAAUGUCACUCUCCUCAAGAAACUCUUGAACGUUGGAGCUGAUGUGAACCAGAAAGUCUUCAGGGGCUUUGCGACAACAGUAGCAGUGAGGGAGGGCCAUCUUGAGAUUCUGGAAAUUUUGCUCAAAGCCGGAGCUUCUCAACCAGCUUGUGAAGAAGCUUUGAUAGAAGCAAGCUGUCAUGGUCGAGCAAAGCUUGCAGAGCUGCUCAUGGGCUCCGAUUUGAUUCGGCCCCAUGUUGCUGUCCAUGCUCUUGUCGUGGCAUGCUGUAGGGGAUUUGUAGACGUUGUGGAGACUAUCAUGAAGUGUGGAGUUGAUGUGAGUGCAACUGAUCGAUUUCUGCUGCAGUCAUUCAAGCCUUCUCUUUACACUAAUGUAGACUGCACUCCACUUGUUGCUGCUGUUGUUAGUAGGCAGGUCUCUGUUGUUCGUUUAUUACUACAGCAGGCUGGUGCACAAACAGAUAUUAAAGUAAGACUUGGUGCAUGGUCAUGGGACACCACUACAGGCGAAGAAUUUCGAGUUGGUGCUGGACUAGCUGAACCCUAUGCGAUCACCUGGUGUGCAGUGGAAUAUUUUGAAGUUACUGGUUCAAUUUUAAGCAUGCUCCUGAAAUACGUUGCCCCUGACUGUCCUCACUAUGGAAGAACCCUCCUUCACCAUGCAAUCCUUUGUGGCAAUGCAGGAGCGGUCAAUGUCCUACUGAGCAGUGGUGCUGAUGUGGAACGCCCUAUAAUAACAACUUGGAAAACUGGGUUCCGUCCUAUACACAUUGCUGCACGUCUUGGCUUGUCCACCAUUCUUCAAUCCCUGAUUGAUUUUGGUUGUAAUCUGAACUCCAAGACAGAAUCUGGUGACACUGCUCUGAUCAUCUGUGCGAAAUAUAAGCAAGAAGAGUGUCUCAAGGUUUUGGCCAAGGCUGGUGCUGAUUUUGCAUUAGUCAAUGUUGCUGGUGAAUCCACAAGUUCAAUUGCUGGUUCAAAGUGGUGGGCCCUUGGUUUUCAACUAGCAGUUUUGGAUGUGAUUAAAUCUGGAAAAAUUCCAAAAUCAAGUAACAUAUCUAUCUUCUCUCCCCUGAUGUUAGUGGCGCAAGCUGGUGAUAUUGAGGCCUUAAAAGCUCUUAUUCGAUGGGGUGAAGUUAAUCUUGAUUAUCAGGAUGAUAAUGGAUUCUCUGCUGUCAUGGUCGCUGCUUUGAAGGGUCAUGUAGAAGUAUUUCGUCUAUUGGUAUUUGCUGGGGCUGAUGUUAAACUGGUCAACAAAUCUGGCAAAACUGCAAUUAUGCUUUCUGAGUUGAACCAGAACCGUGACCUGUUUGAGAAGGUGAUGCUUGAGUUUGCACUUGAAAAGGGAAACCGGUUUGCAGGAGGGUUCUAUGCUUUACAUUGUGCAGCACGCCGUGGGGAUUUGGAUGCAGUCAAGUUGUUGAUGAGUAGAGGCUAUGAUGUUAAUGUCCCUGACGGCAGUGGUUAUACUCCACUCAUGUUAGCAGCAAGAGAAGGCCAUGGACCCAUGUGUGAACUAUUGAUCAGUAGCGGGGCUAUUUGUGAUGUUAAGAAUGCUAAAGGUGAAACGGCACUCUCACUCGCAAGAAAUAUUUCCGGCAAGAAAAAUGUUGCAGAACGUGUCAUCUUAGAUGAGUUGGCUCGUCAGUUGGUGUUAAGCGGAGCCCCAGUACAAAAACACACCAAGGGAGGCAAAGGAACUCCACAUGGUAAAUAUUUACGAAUGUCGGGAUCAGGUGUGCUGCAGUGGGGAAAUUCAAGGCAUAAAAAUGUAAUAUGCCGAAUUGCAGAAUCGGGGCCAAGUCCUACAUUUAAGAGGAAUAGGCAGCAUAAAGGCGGUGCGGAUGAACCUGGAGUGUUUCGGAUAGUGACCACCAAGAACAAGGAAGUGCAUUUUGUGUGCAAUGGCGGGGUAGAAAUGGCUGAGCUGUGGGUAAGGGGAAUAAUUCUUGUGACAAGCGAUGUGGUUUGUGGUAAAUAGAGAAAGUGCUUCUGCGUUACUGAUGUAUAGAAGUUUGGAGUACUUCGCCUUGAAGUACUUGGAACUCCUAGUGAUUCAUUAUAGAAGUUUUGAUCCCUGUAAUAUCUCUCCUCCUCUCUCGUUUAAAAAAGAAAGGUAGGUUGGACACCGAUGGCCACCUUCCAGUUUCUUCA